AUGAGUUUCCAGGUAACACCGCCAUCAAUCACAACCGCCAAAGAGCCAGAGGAGCUGUCAACGACCAUGGCCACUUACGAUGCAAUUCCACUUGUCGGACCAGACGGUGUCCCUCUCAAAAAGAACAAAGAAGGCAAGCCUAUCGAUAAUUCUGGCCGCCCGGUCAAGUACGACGAAACAGGAGCCCCUGUUGGUCCAAGCGGAAAUGAGCUUAAAAAGAACGAGAAAGGCGAAUGGGUUUAUCCACUCGUUGACAAAAAAGGCCGACCUCUUCCAACUGAUGCCGAAAACAAGCCUAUCAUCACGAUCAUCGACGAGAAAGGCGAUCCGCUUGUCAAAUCGCCAGAGGGUGACCUCGUUUCUUCGGAUGGAAAAGUUUAUCCUAUUGAUUUACUUGGUCGUCCGCUGGAUGAAAAUGGCAACCCAUAUGAAAUCGAUGAAAACGGGAAGAUUAUGGUGUCAGAUGUUGGACCAGUGACGGAAGCCGAAGAAGAGAAAGAUAAAAAACCUUACAUUCCAUUUAUCAUUGUCGAUGGCGAGCCCAUUCGCGAAGAAGAUGGCAAAAUGUACGAUGAAGACGGCAACGAAAUACCCACAAACGAAGAUGGAGUUCCGAUUGAUGGACAAGGAAAACCCUAUCCGCAAAAAGAAGACGGAACCUACAUUAUACCAGCCACAACUCACGCGACAAUUGUUGAUGCAGAAAACCGACCACUGCCGACCGCCAAAGAUGGUUCAUUUCUUGAUGGAGACGGUAAACCAGUGCCAACAGACUCGAUCGGAAGGCCUCUUGGAGAAGCUGGAUCACCUUUACCCACGGAUAGUCAGGGCAACUACGUCAGUUUACCGAAAGAAGGUGACGCCACUCAAACAUUACCAACUGAUCAAACGGGAAGGUUUCUGCAACCAAUUACGAGACCCGAUGGUUCACCACUUCCAACCGACUCCAGUGGUAACUUUAUCACCGAAGACGGAUCCAUUGUAGAGAGAGACGAUGAAGGCAAACCUCUCGGUCCUGACGGCCAAGUACUGCCAACAGACUCUGCUGGAAACUACAUCUUCCCUAUCAUUGGUCCAGAUGGAAGCGUCUUGCCAACAGAUGAGAACAAGAAGCCAAUUUAUCCUGUAGUCGGACCUGAUGGAACUCCUUUGCCGACAGAUGCCAGUGGAGCUGCGAUUGGAAUCGAUGGAAGACCGAUUCAAACAGAUUCAGCUGGAAGACCUCUUGGGGAAGACGGUUCUCCGCUUCCAACUGACGCUUCGGGCAACUUCGUCAACGUCCCUUCGGCGACUGAAACGAGCAAAGUCUUGCCAACUGAUGAAUCUGGAAACGUCAUCUAUCCUAUCACCAAGCCGGACGGAUCUCCACUUCCAACUGACGCCAGUGGAAACUUCGUCACAGAGGAAGGCACAAUUGUUGAGAAGGACGACGAAGGCAAACCUCUCGGUCCUGACGGCCAAGUACUGCCAACAGACUCUGCUGGAAACUACAUCUUCCCUAUCAUUGGUCCAGAUGGAAGCGUCUUGCCAACAGAUGAGAACAAGAAGCCAAUUUAUCCUGUGGUCGGACCUGAUGGAACUCCUUUGCCGACAGACGCCAGCGGAGCAGCGAUCGGAGUUGAUGGAAAACCAAUUCCAACAGAUUCAGCCGGAAGACCUCUUGGAGAAGAUGGUUCUCCGCUUCCAACUGACGCUUCGGGCAACUUCGUCAACGUCCCUUCGGCGACUGAAACGAGCAAAGUCUUGCCAACUGAUGAAUCUGGAAACGUCAUCUAUCCUAUCACCAAGCCGGACGGAUCUCCACUUCCAACUGACGCCAGUGGAAACUUCGUCACAGAGGAAGGCACAAUUGUUGAGAAGGACGACGAAGGCAAACCUCUCGGUCCUGACGGCCAAGUACUGCCAACAGACUCUGCUGGAAACUACAUCUUCCCUAUCAUUGGUCCAGAUGGCAGUGUCUUGCGAACAGAUGAGAACAAGAAGCCAAUUUAUCCAGUUCUAGGACCAGAUGGAACUCCUCUGCCUACAGAUGCCAGUGGAGCUGCGAUCGGAGUUGAUGGAAAACCAAUUCCAACAGAUUCAGCCGGAAGACCUCUUGGAGAAGAUGGUUCUCCGCUUCCAACUGACGCUUCGGGCAACUACGUCAACGUUCCUUCGGCGACUGAAACAAGCAAAGUUCUGCCAACUGAUGAAUCUGGAAACGUCAUCUAUCCUAUCACCAAGCCGGACGGAUCUCCACUUCCAACUGACGCCAGUGGGAACUUCGUCACAGAAGAAGGUACAAUUGUUGAGAAGGACGACGAAGGCAAACCUCUCGGUCCUGACGGCCAAGUUCUGCCAACAGACUCUGCUGGAAACUACAUCUUCCCUAUCAUUGGUCCAGAUGGGAGCGUCUUGCCAACUGACGAGAACAAAAAGCCAAUUUAUCCUGUAGUCGGACCUGACGGAACUCCUUUGCCGACAGACGCCAGCGGAGCAGCGAUCGGAGUUGAUGGAAAACCAUUUCCAACAGAUUCAGCUGGACGACCUCUUGGGGAAGACGGUUCUCCGCUUCCAACUGACGCUUCGGGCAACUACUUCAACGUUCCUUCUGCGACUGAAACAAGCAAAGUUCUGCCAACUGAUGAAUCUGGAAACGUCAUCUAUCCUAUCACCAAGCCGGACGGAUCUCCACUUCCAACUGACGCCAGUGGGAACUUCGUCACAGAAGAAGGUACAAUUGUUGAGAAGGACGACGAAGGCAAACCUCUCGGUCCUGACGGCCAAGUUCUGCCAACAGACUCUGCUGGAAACUACAUCUUCCCUAUCAUUGGUCCAGAUGGGAGCGUCUUGCCAACUGACGAGAACAAAAAGCCAAUUUAUCCUGUAGUCGGACCUGACGGAACUCCUUUGCCGACAGACGCCAGCGGAGCAGCGAUCGGAGUUGAUGGAAAACCAAUUCCAACAGAUUCAGCUGGACGACCUCUUGGGGAAGACGGUUCUCCGCUUCCAACUGACGCUUCGGGCAACUACUUCAACGUUCCUUCUGCGACUGAAACAAGCAAAGUUCUGCCAACUGAUGAAUCUGGAAACGUCAUCUAUCCUAUCACCAAGCCGGAUGGAUCUCCUCUUCCAACUGACGCCAGUGGGAACUUCGUCACAGAAGAAGGUACAAUUGUUGAGAAGGACGACGAAGGCAAACCUCUCGGUCCUGACGGCCAAGUUCUGCCAACAGACUCUGCUGGAAACUACAUCUUCCCUAUCAUUGGUCCAGAUGGCAGCGUCUUGCCAACUGACGAGAACAAAAAGCCAAUUUAUCCUGUAGUCGGACCUGACGGAACUCCUUUGCCGACAGACGCCAGCGGAGCAGCGAUCGGAGUUGAUGGAAAACCAUUUCCAACAGAUUCAGCUGGACGACCUCUUGGGGAAGACGGUUCUCCGCUUCCAACUGACGCUUCGGGCAACUACGUCAACGUUCCUUCUGCGACUGAAACAAGCAAAGUUCUGCCAACUGAUGAAUCUGGAAACGUCAUCUAUCCUAUCACCAAGCCGGACGGAUCUCCACUUCCAACUGACGCCAGUGGGAACUUCGUCACAGAAGAAGGUACAAUUGUUGAGAAGGACGACGAAGGCAAACCUCUCGGUCCUGACGGCCAAGUUCUGCCAACAGACUCUGCUGGAAACUACAUCUUCCCUAUCAUUGGUCCAGAUGGCAGCGUCUUGCCAACUGACGAGAACAAAAAAAGCCAAUUUAUCCUGUAGUCGGACCUGACGGAACUCCUUUGCCGACAGACGCCAGCGGAGCAGCGAUCGGAGUUGAUGGAAAAACCAUUUCCAACAGAUUCAGCUGGACGACCUCUUGGGGAAGACGGUUCUCCGCUUCCAACUGACGCUUCGGGCAACUACGUCAACGUUCCUUCUGCGACUGAAACAAGCAAAGUUCUGCCAACUGAUGAAUCUGGAAACGUCAUCUAUCCUAUCACCAAGCCGGACGGAUCUCCACUUCCAACUGACGCCAGUGGGAACUUCGUCACAGAAGAAGGUACAAUUGUUGAGAAGGACGACGAAGGCAAACCUCUCGGUCCUGACGGCCAAGUUCUGCCAACAGACUCUGCUGGAAACUACAUCUUCCCUAUCAUUGGUCCAGAUGGGCAGCGUCUUGCCAACUGACGAGAACAAAAAAAGCCAAUUUAUCCUGUAGUCGGACCUGACGGAACUCCUUUGCCGACAGACGCCAGCGGAGCAGCGAUCGGAGUUGAUGGAAAACCAUUUCCAACAGAUUCAGCUGGAAGACCUCUUGGAGAAGAUGGUUCUCCGCUUCCAACUGACGCUUCGGGCAACUACGUCAACGUUCCUUCUGCGACUGAAACAAGCAAAGUUCUGCCAACUGAUGAAUCUGGAAACGUCAUCUAUCCUAUCACCAAGCCGGACGGAUCUCCACUUCCAACUGACGCCAGUGGAAACUUCGUCACAGAGGAAGGCACAAUUGUUGAGAAGGACGACGAAGGCAAACCUCUCGGUCCUGACGGCCAAGUCCUGCCAACAGACUCUGCUGGAAACUACAUCUUCCCUAUCAUUGGUGCAGAUGGAAGCGUCUUGCCAACAGAUGAGAACAAAAAGCCAAUUUAUCCUGUAGUCGGACCUGACGGAACUCCUUUGCCGACAGACGCCAGCGGAGCAGCGAUCGGAGUUGAUGGAAAACCAUUUCCAACAGAUUCAGCUGGACGACCUCUUGGAGAAGAUGGUUCUCCGCUUCCAACUGACGCUUCGGGCAACUACGUCAACGUUCCUUCUGCGACUGAAACAAGCAAAGUUCUGCCAACUGAUGAAUCUGGAAACGUCAUCUAUCCUAUCACCAAGCCGGACGGAUCUCCACUUCCAACUGACGCCAGUGGGAACUUCGUCACAGAAGAAGGUACAAUUGUUGAGAAGGACGACGAAGGCAAACCUCUCGGUCCUGACGGCCAAGUUCUGCCAACAGACUCUGCUGGAAACUACAUCUUCCCUAUCAUUGGUCCAGAUGGCAGCGUCUUGCCAACUGACGAGAACAAAAAGCCAAUUUAUCCUGUAGUCGGACCUGACGGAACUCCUUUGCCGACAGACGCCAGCGGAGCAGCGAUCGGAGUUGAUGGAAAACCAUUUCCAACAGAUUCAGCUGGACGACCUCUUGGAGAAGAUGGUUCUCCGCUUCCAACUGACGCUUCGGGCAACUACGUCAACGUUCCUUCUGCGACUGAAACAAGCAAAGUUCUGCCAACUGAUGAAUCUGGAAACGUCAUCUAUCCUAUCACCAAGCCGGACGGAUCUCCACUUCCAACUGACGCCAGUGGGAACUUCGUCACAGAAGAAGGUACAAUUGUUGAGAAGGACGACGAAGGCAAACCUCUCGGUCCUGACGGCCAAGUACUGCCAACAGACUCUGCUGGAAACUACAUCUUCCCUAUCAUUGGUCCAGAUGGAAGCGUCUUGCCAACUGACGAGAACAAAAAGCCAAUUUAUCCUGUAGUCGGACCUGACGGAACUCCUUUGCCGACAGACGCCAGCGGAGCAGCGAUCGGAGUUGAUGGAAAACCAUUUCCAACAGAUUCAGCUGGACGACCUCUUGGGGAAGACGGUUCUCCGCUUCCAACUGACGCUUCGGGCAACUACGUCAACGUUCCUUCUGCGACUGAAACAAGCAAAGUUCUGCCAACUGAUGAAUCUGGAAACGUCAUCUAUCCUAUCACCAAGCCGGACGGAUCUCCACUUCCAACUGACGCCAGUGGGAACUUCGUCACAGAAGAAGGUACAAUUGUUGAGAAGGACGACGAAGGCAAACCUCUCGGUCCUGACGGCCAAGUUCUGCCAACAGACUCUGCUGGAAACUACAUCUUCCCUAUCAUUGGUCCAGAUGGCAGCGUCUUGCCAACUGACGAGAACAAAAAAAGCCAAUUUAUCCUGUAGUCGGACCUGACGGAACUCCUUUGCCGACAGACGCCAGCGGAGCAGCGAUCGGAGUUGAUGGAAAACCAUUUCCAACAGAUUCAGCUGGACGACCUCUUGGGGAAGACGGUUCUCCGCUUCCAACUGACGCUUCGGGCAACUACGUCAACGUUCCUUCUGCGACUGAAACAAGCAAAGUUCUGCCAACUGAUGAAUCUGGAAACGUCAUCUAUCCUAUCACCAAGCCGGACGGAUCUCCACUUCCAACUGACGCCAGUGGGAACUUCGUCACAGAAGAAGGUACAAUUGUUGAGAAGGACGACGAAGGCAAACCUCUCGGUCCUGACGGCCAAGUUCUGCCAACAGACUCUGCUGGAAACUACAUCUUCCCUAUCAUUGGUCCAGAUGGCAGCGUCUUGCCAACUGACGAGAACAAAAAGCCAAUUUAUCCUGUAGUCGGACCUGACGGAACUCCUUUGCCGACAGACGCCAGCGGAGCAGCGAUCGGAGUUGAUGGAAAACCAUUUCCAACAGAUUCAGCUGGACGACCUCUUGGGGAAGACGGUUCUCCGCUUCCAACUGACGCUUCGGGCAACUACGUCAACGUUCCUUCUGCGACUGAAACAAGCAAAGUUCUGCCAACUGAUGAAUCUGGAAACGUCAUCUAUCCUAUCACCAAGCCGGAUGGAUCUCCUCUUCCAACUGACGCCAGUGGAAACUUCGUCACAGAAGAAGGUACAAUUGUUGAGGAGGACGACGAAGGCAAACCUCUCGGUCCUGACGGCCAAGUUCUGCCAACAGACUCUGCUGGAAACUACAUCUUCCCUAUCAUUGGUCCAGAUGGCAGCGUCUUGCCAACUGACGAGAACAAAAAGCCAAUUUAUCCUGUAGUCGGACCUGACGGAACUCCUUUGCCGACAGACGCCAGCGGAGCAGCGAUCGGAGUUGAUGGAAAACACAUUCCAACAGAUUCAGCCGGAAGACCUCUUGGAGAAGAUGGUUCUCCGCUUCCAACUGACGCUUCGGGCAACUACGUCAACGUUCCUUCUGCGACUGAAACAAGCAAAGUUCUGCCAACUGAUGAAUCUGGAAACGUCAUCUAUCCUAUCACCAAGCCGGACGGAUCUCCACUUCCAACUGACGCCAGUGGAAACUUCGUCACAGAGGAAGGCACAAUUGUUGAGAAGGACGACGAAGGCAAACCUCUCGGUCCUGACGGCCAAGUCCUGCCAACAGACUCUGCUGGAAACUACAUCUUCCCUAUCAUUGGUCCAGAUGGAAGCGUCUUGCCAACAGAUGAGAACAAGAAGCCAAUUUAUCCUGUGGUCGGACCUGAUGGAACUCCUUUGCCGACAGACGCCAGCGGAGCAGCGAUCGGAGUUGAUGGAAAACACAUUCCAACAGAUUCAGCCGGAAGACCUCUUGGAGAAGAUGGUUCUCCGCUUCCAACUGACGCUUCGGGCAACUACGUCAACGUUCCUUCUGCGACUGAAACAAGCAAAGUUCUGCCAACUGAUGAAUCUGGAAACGUCAUCUAUCCUAUCACCAAGCCGGACGGAUCUCCACUUCCAACUGACGCCAGUGGGAACUUCGUCACAGAAGAAGGUACAAUUGUUGAGAAGGACGACGAAGGCAAACCUCUCGGUCCUGACGGCCAAGUUCUGCCAACAGACUCUGCUGGAAACUACAUCUUCCCUAUCAUUGGUCCAGAUGGCAGCGUCUUGCCAACUGACGAGAACAAAAAAAGCCAAUUUAUCCUGUAGUCGGACCUGACGGAACUCCUUUGCCGACAGACGCCAGCGGAGCAGCGAUCGGAGUUGAUGGAAAACCAAUUUCCAACAGAUUCAGCUGGACGACCUCUUGGGGAAGACGGUUCUCCGCUUCCAACUGA